CUGUGUCCAUGAAGGCCGUGUAUUCGAUUUUUGUCGUUUCCUUUUUUGUGUUUUUCUUCUCCUGUCCACAGCUUUGAGCAGACACUCACCAUUAAACCGUUCAUACGAGCAUUAUUCAGUGAAUUAAUUGCGAUUCAUUGCGCGCUUGCUACUUUUACUUUUCGAGCAUUAUUGUAAGAUAUUUUUUUAAGUGUAAAAUUUGGUUUUUAAUGACCGCUCAAGGUUUUAUGAAUUAAAUGCAAUCAAUUCGGACGCACUUUGUGCAAACAGCUUCAGCUGACCGGCAGUGCCCUUUGAGAUUCGUGUAGUCCAGGCACCAGUAAUAAGUAUCCAAACUUGUAUCUCUUGUAUUAUUAAAAACACAAGCAGAAGCGUCAAUACAAAAUUUGUCGUCGACAACUUCGCUGGGUUUGUUUGCUACAGACUGAUUAAAUUGAUUGGUUUUCUUGGAUUGAAUUGGCUGGGUUCAUUAAUUGCUGAUUAGAAGCGCUCGGUCUAUUUAUGCUCGAUAGGCAUAAAUUUGCAUUUACCCCAUUUUCUGGACACCAUAAUAAAUUUCGCUUUAUGGAUUUUCAGUUUCCUUUACACAAAGCCUGCGGCAGAAGGUUUGCUAGAAUAUUGCUCAACGUGCCGAGUGCUGCUAAGCUGAAACGAGACUUAUUGUACAUAGUGGCAAAAACUGAACUGUACUUGCAACUGCUUCAGAUUCCUCUACCUCUGUCCCGUAUCGCUUAUUCAAUGUGUGUUAAUUUGCUUGGUGUUUGUCUAUUAUUUUGAUGGUGUUGGGCAAGUAUCGGACCAUGUGGUGGUGGUAUUUUUGCGGUAAGAGACCUUAUAGUAAGGCCAGCCGAGAUUGACAUGAAAAAUUAGUUUUUACUUGUCUGCAAGUGGUGAUAGUUUUUUACAGUGUUUGUCUCCUGGUUUGCCUCAAAAACUGUAUGUUUCCGAACACAAAAAAUCGCUUUUCAAGAACGGUAGUUGAGAACAUCAAGCAUGGAAGUUAUUCAGCAUCUUCGAAAUCGAAAUUUAUAAUCAAAACUGGCGAGUUUGUCGGGCUUGUAGGUCAUCGUGGAUUAGAUCUUCAUAGUGGGGCUGCGCCGAGUAACCAUAUCUGAAGAUCUGAAACGCGUGCUGGCGAAACGUCAGGUAGAAGUUCUAAUCCACGAUGAUCUAAAUGACCGACGAUGAUGACGAAAUCUAUCGGCAUUUUGUGACCACUGUUGAAAUGUGAGGCGCGUUUGCGUGACGAAAAAGAAAAACUAAUUUUCCAUGUUAAUAACCCUGUAGCUAGAGACUGGCUAGAUAUUCGGUAUUUUUAAUAAUUCCAAUGUAUUUGGUUUACGUUGAGUAUUCAACAAGGAGGAUUUUGUGCUUAAUGAUUCUUCUAUUCGUUACACCAGCGCGUGCUGGUCUGCAAACCGCGAGCGCAAUUAGCUAAUGAUAAGUAAACGCAAAUUUUAGCCAGAAGUCCGAUUUAAGCAGGCCACCUUUCACAUUGGUAAAAAUUGCGAAUUUUGACCCAGAAAUCCUGCAUUGGCACUUCCUGUCUCUGCGACAUCCUGUCGAUUUUUGGCCACAGAAGAAACCAUCAACCAUCUUUGAGAGGAGGAUUUUAAUUUAAACAAGCCACACAAUCGUCUCUAUCAGCAGCUUAAGCCGUAGUGUUUUAAUUCAUUAGCUAAAUGAAAAUCUUGUUCGAAAUCAUCAAACUUGGCACAGCACUGGCUGGCAUCUCGACUAUGGUUAAUUAUGGGUAAAAUGUUAAUUAAUUCGUCGUGUGAAGUGGCUCGAAAAAAAUGAACGAAAGUUUGACCGUGGUCGUGGAGAUUCCGCUUGUAAAGAUGCAGCUGUUACGGACUGCCGGAAUUCAGAUUGAUUAGCAGUCCCAGUUGUUGCCGAUUAACCUUAAUGGAAGCCUUGUGGAUGACCAUCGAAACAGCGCCCACUGAUUCAGUUGCGAAGUGAAUCGAAUGUGUGUGAUGUGUGAGUGCAGCGGUCACACACAAGUUGUGCAGGAUUUUGCGAUAGACGAAGGAUUCCCUGUGCGUAAUGCGCACGGGGUUGUACACAAGCGCAAUCUACUACAGCCGGUCGUGGCACCGAUACCAGACCUGCGCAGCGGCUUAGACGAGUCUACAGCCGCCACUGCCUUCCAAGUGGCCAGAACGCCCAGUCAUCAGCCCCUGAAGAAGUCGAACUCGUUGCAGCAGAGCCAGCAAACGCUCGCCUCCGAAUACAGCGAGGACAGUCUGAGACGGGGCUCAGACGAGUCGUUCGUUGUGCACAAAGGCCGCAACAUUCCCACUUUGCGGUCGGUGCAGACGGAGGAUCCGCUGAUCCCGGCCAGGCUCAAAGUGAGCAAAGAGAAGCAGAAUAACGACAGCAAGGCGGACGAGACGGGCGAGGUUGCUGCUGGCAAGCCGAGCAAUUGGCAGGAGAGCAAAAAGAGCACCUUCGCAGGCAGGAGAAGCAGGCGCAAUUCCACCACCGACGACUCUCAGCUUACCAUCGAAAACUUUGGCGGUAGUCAGGAUAAUUUGAAUUUCAUUGGCCGCAAUCCUGAUAAGGAGAUGACUGUGCAUGUGGGCCGGAAAAUAUCAGCCCCAAGUUUUCCGGUUGCCAUUGAGAAUGCCCCGGUCAGAUCGACGCUGCAGGACGCAAGAGGCUCCUUUCAAUUAGGUUACGACAAUGGCUGUGAAGAGAAACAAGACGACGGGUCGGAGAAGAGCAGACUGAAGAGGCAGAUGAGCAGUGACGACAUUACGCUGAAGAAGUUCCAGGAGCGGGGCCUCAUCAAGGAUUUGGUGGAUGGCGACGUGGGGAAUCGGAUGAGUUUUGCUGAUUUGGGCAAGCAAAAACCUAGUGAUAAUAAGGGAAUACACUUAGUUUAUAUGAACGACCGGGAGGAGCAUCCAGUAAAGCCCGCUGUAAAUAGAUUAGGGAGUACGAAUGGUAAUUCGGAAAACCGGACGUCCUUUGCCACAUUGCCCAACCAGACUACGUGGCAACAGCAAGUUAGUAGCGUGCAAUCUCUGCAGGCGCAGCGGGAUGGCAGCAAUAGUUCCGAAACGAGCGGCACCAGCAAUUUGAUGGCUUCGCAGAUUAGCGAUAUUCGGUUGAAGUUAGAGGAAAAACGCCGACACAUUGAAAGCGAGAAGCGACGACUGGAAAUGGCCAUGAACACGCAAAGACAGAAAGUGGGCAAGGCCGCCUUUCUUCAAGCCGUUUCUAAGGGAAGAGGUAAUUUACUAAAAACGGCUGCGGUCGAGGCUGCCGAGUCGCCGAAAGACUCGGCGGCGGCCGAACAGGGCCCUAAAGAAAAAUCUCCAAGCCCUUCCCCAGCCUCCGUCCCCACGCCAAAGCCACAGAGGCCGUUUACCUUGCAGGAAAUCACUGAUGAUGCGUCUACGGUGGAGAAACGAUGGCUGGACGAGAGCGCCCCUUUCGUGGAAACGCGAAGGACGCCGGAUUUAGAAAAUAUGGAUUUAGAACAGUACCAACAAUCCCUUGCUCAUAUGAAUACUAGUCUCACUGACAUCCAGUCAGAUAUUCAACGGUUGGCAGCGCAACAAAACCAAAUGCACACUCAGCAACAGCAGAAGCUGAUUGCUGACCAGCAGCGACAAAUCUUGCAGCUACAGCAGCAACAGCAGGAGUAUCAGACGAUGCAGCGGCAACAGUCGCAGCCCUCACCUCAAGCCCAGUAUUAUCAGCCGCAAAAAUAUCAACCCAGUUUUCCAUCGCCACUGCAAUCUUCCACAAGCGCCCCGCACAUCCCCCAGUCUCUCUACUCUCAUCCGAGCGUGAUGGAACAGCCCCAAUUUUUCCUGCAUGACAAUCCGCCUCCUGCAGCUGUGACGCCUCAAAGGAGAACUUGGGGACAGCCGAUGAAUCAGCCCCUCCAAGUGAUCACCGAUUCGUACAUGCCACAACAGCCGGAAUUGCGCACUUGGGGCAAACAGCCCGAAGCUAGCCCUGGAGGGUUCGUUUUGCAUCAUGCAACUGAUCGGUUUUCUGACCGUCCAGAGCGCUUCCAAGAAUCUCCUCUCAGACAUAAUGAGAGCCGGUACCAGAACGGCGAUCCCGAUCGAGCGCUGAACCACUCAAACAGCUUCACGCUGAGUCAGCGCCAUCACCAACAGAGCCAUUUUGGCACUUCGCAUAGCACUCCGUCCGCUUCGCCGCAGCAUCGCAGCAGCGUUCAUCGACAGAUAUCGCAGCUCUUAGACGACGCGGCUGCAGCCAAACGGCAGACGUCGCCAGUCAGCUUGCAGGCUUUAGAUGCGGGUGGAUCCUUGCGUGACAGGGAGAGGAAAAUUAGCGUCACUCAUGCUGCCGUUGUGGCACCGCCAGUCGAUGACAUGGAACCGCAAAAUAUCUCCUUUAUUGGCAAUAAUGAGGACGUCGCUCUCAGUCAAAGCCUCAGCAAACUGAACAUCACCUCAGGGAGUCGCACCUAUCGGAUUCCGUCGCCCACACGGGCCUUAAUUUCGCGCGGGUCUCCUUUCCAGGCGUCUCCAUCUCCACCUACCGUUGAUCCGCUGCCUGUUCAAAUCAGCAGUUUGGAUACCGAUCCGACAGCAGAAAAAGGCUUCUACAUUAGCUUUGAUGAUGAGCAGCCGAAGCGACCCAAACCAGCGUUGAGAAGUAAGCGGAAUUCGCCCAAAAAGGAGCGAAGCUAUGUGGAAACAUCGGAUGAGGCACACGAUAGGCGAGAGGCUCAGACCAGGCUGGACAAGAAAAGGCAGCUGGAACGGGAACUGGAAGAGGAACGGCUUAAAAAGGAAGAAACUGAGUACCGAAUGCAGCAGCAAAGGGACAGAAUACGAGCCCAGCGCGAAGCUACCCAGGAAAGACAGAAAGUGAAUGCAGCUAGUGCUUUAGUAAUAGGGGAACAAAACGACGCUGAUCCUGAUCUGGCUGAUGAAAGGGAGCGUAAAAAGGAACGAAUCAUGAUGCUGUCGUUGCAACGCAGGCAGCAGCAGGAGGAAGCAAGGGCUCGAAAAGAGGCGGAAAGUCAGCGCAGAAAGGAAAUCGAAAAGGAGAAGGAGGAGGAGAAGGCCAGAAGAAAAGAGGAGCAAGUGGCGAGACGAGCUGCCAUUUUGGAGCAGUACAAGUUGAAGAAGGCGAUUGAGGAGGCUGAAAGGGAGGGUAAAACUCUUGAUAGGCAGGACUUAAUGUCGCUUAAGCCUGCACCGAAACUGCGCUCAAAGGGCCCCGCUAGACCCAGACCGAAGACAAUUCACAUCGAUAGCGGAUCCGUCCAGCUUGCGGAAGGCAUGUCGAGUCGCGGCCGGAAAGGAUCUACAUCGAACUUAGCUUAUGCCCCUUCGACAAUGAAGCGCGAUUACUACCGAGGUUCCCAAGACAGUCUCGCUGACCGAAGCAUGAGCAAUAACAUGCUUUACAAAGAUUCUCCAGAUGAUAGCCAUGGAAUGUCACCAUGUCACAGCGCCAAUCAGACUCUAGGCAGACGCAGUUCAUAUAAAACCAGCAGAGACCCUUCCCCUGCCCAGGUGCGCGGGCGGUCUAAGAUAUCGACAUAUCAAAACUUUAAGGGCCGCAAGUCGAGCUCUCUGAUGAAUUUGUACGGCUCGAGCACUGAUCAGGAAAGCAUGGCGUAUAGAUUUGGGGACACGGAUUCGGGGCUGGGUCGCGCUACGCCCCCCCGUCGGGCCCCCUCGCCAGGAAUGGGGCUGCGCCACUUGCCCUCUCCGUCAGGUCCCGGCAGUUUACCGGGCUUCAUGUCGAAAGGGCGCCGCGUGUUUGACGAUGGAUCAAGCGACAUCAGUUCUACUCCUAGUAGCAUGAUGGACUAUACAGGUCCCCGUUUAUACAAGCAACCAGCCACUAAGUCGAACCGAAGCAUAAUGCUGAACGCAGUCGAAUAUUGUGUGUUUCCCGGUGUUGUGAACAGGGAGGCGAAGAAACGCGUACUGGAAGAGGUGAAUCGCUCUGAAAGUAAGCAUUUCCUCAUUCUCUUCCGCGAUGCCGGCUGCCAAUUUAGAGCUCUCUAUUCCUAUUGUCCCGACACUGAGCUGGUGACGAAACUUUACGGAACUGGACCUAAGCAGGUCAACGACAAGAUGUUCGACAAGUUUUUCAAAUACAACUCCGGCGGUAAAUGUUUUUCGCAAAUUCACACCAAGCACCUCACCGUAACGAUAGACGCUUUUACUAUUCACAAUUCGUUGUGGCAAGGCAAGAAAGUGAACCUGCCGAACAAGAAAGAUAUGGCCCUUGUUGUCUAAUGAAUAACUCAGCACGCAUAAGUUGUUAUUUAGUAAUUUAAAUUAAUUUGUACUCUAUUUUUUUUGUUAAAGCUUUAUUAAAACGUUUUAAUGUGUGUAAAAUUCAGUAGCGAUCAGGAUUUUUACACGAUUAAUUAAUAUCUAAUUAUUGCCUUAAAUAAAAUUUACUAUCGAUAAAUACGUGUCGGCAAUGAUGCAGUCUGAGAUAUUAGCAAGUAUUAAUUUUUUUUACUACAUAUACUAGAGGUCCCCCUUUUUCCCAAUUUUGUUUUUGUACAUGUGCCUUUUGUAUUUAUAUAUAUUUUUAAGUCUUGUAUGAUUUGAUUAAUCGUUAAGCUUUUUUUGUGCCAACUAAACUUUCGAAGCAACUGUACUCUUCUGUUUUUGCAGUAUAUAGAGUAUAUCCGCAGGAGUUUAAAAUUUUAAAUAAUGUCAUUCCAUUUGUUGUUCUAUAUAAGAUAUUGAUGGGCUGUUUUUGGUAAAGUAUUUUAUUCGGACUGGAAGGUUCUUGCAAAUACUUUACCAAUCAUUUGAUAUGUUUAUGCUUGAAUAUUUAUUUGGGUAUUGAAGACUAUAGCCUUUAAGGCCAGCCAAUACACAGACUGGGUAGCUUGGAUUAAAAUAACUCGAACUCAAGUCUGUUUGAGGUUGGCCGAAGAAUGAACUUGCUUAUUAUGGAAUUGUGUGGUUUAAUAUUUAUAGUAGAAUUAAGUUCUCGUCACAUUUAUUCAAACAACACAGAAGGAUUUAUAAUUGAUUAACACACAUUCAUGGUAAUAAUAACGAUUACGCAGCAUUAA